CCGCGCCUGCUUGGGUGCACCUUGGCGCCGCGUCGCCGGAGUGGCGCGCAUGCAGUAAACAGUGGGGAGGAGGCCCCUCGAAAGAUUUAAAAGUGGACCAGGAUUGGGGAAUACCGGAUAUGCUGGGAAAGGAUGAACAACAGGUGGUUAUUCACAAUGGCAAGAAGUACCUGCUUUGUGAACGGCCGGAUGUCACGGAAACCAUGGAAGAGGAACUAAUGCGAGGCACAACUGUGGCAUUUAAGUGUGAACCUGAGAAGGAAAGCUUUCUGCAGUGGAUGAAGCUUUUUCAAUCCUUUACUAAAAGGAUAUUUAGUAUAUCGGGAUCCAAAUCCGGUGGAAAGCACGUUGGAUACAAGGCGUGGCUUCGCUGUCACCUGGAGGUACCCGAUCAACGUGGCCACCAACGAAAGAAAAUUUCGGAGCAGAAUUUGGGCUGCCCCACUCGGAUGACUGUCACCCUUAAACGGCAGGCUGUGAGGAACAGAAGCCGGUUGCCCUACGCAAACCAUCAGAUGAGAGUGACCUGCAACGGCAGGCCCCACAGCCAUGCGAAAGACUCGCCUGUAACGCUCAGGUUUAGACGGGUCGGAGAGGCGACAAAGGAGAGAAUGCUGGGGCUUCUCGCUCAGCAUCACUCGCCACCAGAGGCGCUGAGAAUUCUGAAACAGCAACUCCAGGAGGAGUAUGGGACAAGCUAUGAGAAGAUUUCAGCUGACCGUUCUAUCGUACCCGAUUUAAGCUACGUUUAUAGGUUGUACUACAUGACGUACGGCAAGAAAGUGAAGGAGAACAGGGCCUUAACAAGAAAGACAAGGAGGGCGAGUACAAGUCGAAAGCAAGAGGAAGUUUCUGGAACGCUGGGCGGUCCGGGAGGCGACGCAGACGCAGCCGUCGCCCCAGCGACAACACAACUGGAGCAGGUUCACUCCCUGAAUGGUGCCUCAAAUGUCGUUUUCGUCGACUCCUCGGGACAUUUCCUGAAUGAGUGGCUCGUUGCAACGGAGCCAUCAGAGCCGGGCGACCCGGAUGGUGGCUCGUAUGCCUCUGCUGACGCUCCCGGUGCCGACGACGCCUGGUCGGCGGGCCCUACGGACGUGCCUGCCGAGGACCCGAGGCCGCAGGACUCCGCUGCGACCGCGACCGUCGACCAGAUCGCACAGUGGGCAGCGUUCGUGAACCAGCAGAUUCUGGAAGAAGACGACGGCCAGUGGCAGGCCGCCUCAGACGCUUUUCUGCGGCAGUGGGAGAAGCUCACCACCGCCGGGAGAUUGUCGGCUCUGCGCGAGUUUGGUCGCGCGUCGAGACGCAGUCGAGGCGCCGCGCCCGUCGGCGCGCGAUGCGCGAGCGUGGCCGGCAUCUCCGGAGGACGUGUCGGAGUGACAGUGUCUGCCGCUGGCCCGCGAGAGGUGUCCCGGGCUGAGUAGCCCUGCGCUGCCCAAUCGCUGCCCAUCAGUCAGCGGCUCCACGAACUCUAGCUACUCGCAUGGACACCAGGCGUGUUGCAAUUCUUGACGUGUUCAGAGCUGUCGCCGCCUGGCUCGCACUGGGUUAGUUGGCGGCAAGCCCUGAAAGUGGGCCCAGACCCCAUGCUCCCCAUAUCUUUUUGUGCGUGCGUAGCGUAUGUGGUAGCUGGAUGACUGGAUGGAUGGCGGCUGGAAGGAUAUUUGCCAGUUCGUAUGCUCCACCGUGCGUAUUCGUAUGCGUUCCAUGUAAUACCAUCCAUAGCGUUAUGCCCUCACGCUUUCAAUGGAAUUGUUGUGCUUAUCGCCUGCAUUCCAGCUGUGACACAGAACAAGGGAUUAAUAAACAGAUUUCCCCCGAAAAGCCUUGAUAUGAAAAGCUGCCCGAUGCUCGUGCUACCAAAUGGUCGGGUGUAUUUGCCUGAGGUUACGCGAAUGCAGUCUCUCACGUUAUACCCGUGAGGUAUAUUCACAGCGUGGUAUAUGAGUGUGCGUAGUAUGAGCAAUGCAUGGCGGUGACAUGCAAAUGGUGGGCGAGAUGCAACCAUUUGUUUCCACGCCCAAAAUGGGGGAAAUAUCUUUAAAAUGUUUUAGUGCAAGGUUGAUAGGUGCGAGCAAUGGCCGCUUGUGAUUGAAAUAUUGUUGAAAUGUAACUGCUAGCGGUCCGUGCACGUAUGUAUAUAUUUAAAGCGUAGUGAUGUAUUUGAAUUCAGGGUUGACUUCCGAUUUCCAUUCAAAUGUAGUUGCAAGUAAAAUGUAACGGCACCCGCUGUCCGCGAAUAUGUAGUCCGUUUUGCGGUGUCCCAAAUACAGAUGUGCGAUGAGG